AAAAAUAAGAGAAAAGUGCAGAAUAAAAAAGAGAACAGAUUCAUCUAUUUACACUUUCUACACUUUGUGGCGCAACAUCAACACGAUCAUACGUUCUUUCUAAAACGCGUUUCUGCUCACCGUUCGCAGACUUUUAAAACUAAAAAUGACAAGCAAACAAGAAAACGCUACUGCCAACAUUUCUUUUUUUUAUUCAUUAUCUCUGACAAUGACGCUGUUUGUGUGAUUUUAUUGUACGAAUGUGAUUUCGAAAAAUUUCAAAAAAAAGUUAGAUUUUCGACGAAGGAAUGAAGGAUGACGAUUCGUGCGAGUAUCACCGGAAGAUUGUCUCCUUCAAGGAUUUGAGCAGAUUUAAGUUAACAGAGAGGAAGUACAAUGAUAAUUCCCUCAAUAUAUAUACAGCAAGAUUGAAUGAUUUGCGAGAAGACACAUUGCGCAGAGCGAAACUGAACUGGAGCGAUCAUCCAUAUGUAGAAGUAUCACAUUUGGCCCUAGAAAGUCCAGAAAAAUCUUGUAUUUUGAUAGGUGUACUCUAUAAAGAUCAGAAACUGAAACCUUCUCUAUUACGUGAUCUCAGCAAAGAAUUACAGUUGGAAGUUCAGCCGAGUAACAAUUAUGCAUCAAAUGAUGACAAAUUAUUUCUGGAGGAUGAAACGUUACGCAUAAGAUUAGUAGGAAAUCAUAUGAAUAUACAGGAGAUAGUUACAGGGCUUGUCUGUGCAGUGCUUGGACAUGAAUUAGAAAAUGGAACAUUUUGGGUAGAGGAUUGGUGUUUUCCAGGAUAUUGCCCAAAGUCUUGCAAUUCGAGCGAUUCAUUGAUAGAAGAUGGGAAGAUUUUGUUAGUAUCUGGCUUAGAGUUAGUUAAUAAUACAAAUGAGUUUAGUUUAGAUUUACUUUCGGAAUGGAUAACCGGGAUGGUGGGAUGUGCCAAUGCUCAGGAAGAAGAAGCUGUAAUCACUAGAAUGAUUAUCGCUGGUAACUCCAUUCGUGGUUCCGCGAAGAUAUACAGCUAUAAAGGCUAUCACGAAAUCAAAUCGCACGAUCAGCUUAAAAUCAAAGAAGACAUAAUAGCGAUGCAUAAGCUUGACAUUUUUCUUAGCAAUAUUCUUCAUUGCUGUUGCGUUGUGCUGAUGCCGGGAGAGUUCGAUCCCACUUGCAAUUACAGCAUGCCUCAACAACCCUUUCAUCCAUGCACUCUGCAAAAGUCGUCCAGGUUCAAAAGUAUGCAUGGUGCAACUAAUCCUUGGAUCGGAAAUAUCGGAGGCCGUAUUGUAGCCGGUUCUUGCGGCGGACCGAUUAUGGAUAUCAUGAAGAUCGCUGGAUUAUCUCAGUUAUCCCCAUUGGACUGGUUAGAGCGUACCUUGAUCUGGAGGCAUUACGCUCCGACCGGCCCCGACACGCUUCCAGUUUAUCCGUUCUUUAAAAAUGAUCCAUUCGUCAUAAACGAAUGCCCAGAUAUAUAUUUUGCAGGAAACAUGGAUGAAUAUAAUACAAAAUUAAUUACAGCCGACGAUGGACAUGCGACGAGGCUGAUAUGUAUUCCCAAGUUUUCGGAAACAAAAACGGCAGUGCUAGUCAAUUUACGAGACUUAACGACGCAGCCUAUUUCAUUCGGUAAUGGGCUGACAUAAUUUGUAUUAUAUAAAAGGUAAAACAAUUGUAUAUUAUGUUACAAUGAAACAUGAAUAACACAAUGUUGCAUGAUCUCUUUACUCUAAGGAAUAUAGAAAAUUAAUAUAAAAUUUCAAUCAAGUUUUUUAAA